AUGGAUACCGAUGUUGAUCACAUCGACACCGAUAACAAUGGUGACGACGAUGCUGGUAUAUUCAACAACACCAAAGGCUGCCACACUGAGGACGAUGACGCCCUCACUGAUGAUGACAACGUUCUGUUAGCAGUGCACACGAAGCGCACUGCUGUCGACAAGGAUGAAUCAGAAAAAGAAUUGCUGCUGACUCGCGAAGCGGUUGUCUGCUUUGUUUAA